UAAUAAUAAUAAUGAUAAUAAUAUUCUAACGAUUCCCUAUAUAUUAAAAAGAUUUACAUUUCAACAAAGAAUAUUCUUUUCGAAGAAAGAAGAAGGUUCUUUUCAGUUUCUAUAUACAGAUUCUAAAUAACAUUUCAAACAGGAAUAUUUAAAUUCACACUAUUUAUAUAAAUGUUUAUAUAUAUAUGUAGCUUAUAAAUAUAUUAACAAAUUGUCAUAUUGUAUAACAUGCAAGAAGAUGAUACAAAAACUGUUACAACUGUUUCGGAUGAAACAGAAUCUCACAUAAAUACUGAUAAUUGUGAACAUUUUGUACAGAAUGGAGAAAAGAAAUUAGAUAAUUCUGGAGAUGGAAUUAAAUUAAUCACAGUUCAACCUAUUGCAAUUAAUAAACAUGUACAACAGAAAAAGUAUGAUGAUUUAUUAUUUAAGAAAUAUGAGAAAAUAUGUAAGAUUGGUGAAGGAGCAUAUGGUGUAGUAUUUAAAUGUCGUGAUAUUAAAUCAGGACAACUAGUGGCAAUUAAACAGUUUACAGCAUCUGAAGAUGAUCCAGUUAUUCGUAAAAUUGCAAUGAGAGAAAUUCGUAUGCUCAAACGUUUAAAGCAUCCGAAUUUAGUUAAUCUGAUUGAAGUAUUUCGAAAGAAAAAACGAUUGAAUUUGGUAUUUCAAUUUAUCGAUAAUUCUUUGUUAAAUGAAAUGGAACAAAGACCACGAAAGUUAGAUAAAGGGAAAAUUCGAAAGAUUACAUGGCAAAUUCUUCUUGCAACAGAUUUCUGUCAUCAAUCAAACAUUAUUCACUAUCUUUCAGGUGAUCUUUAUCCCAGACACCGUCAAAUAUUUGAACAAAGUAAAUACUUUGCUGGUAUUCAAGUCCCAUCUUCAACAUCUGUGGAGCCAUUAGAGAAACGGUUUGAAAGAACUUAUCCCCUGACGCUAAGUCCAAGAGAAUUGGAUUUUUUACAGGCUUGUGUACGAAUGGAUCCUUCAGAACGAUGGAGUUGUGCUGAACUACUAAAGCAUCCAUACUUUGGAAUGCAUAGUUUAUCUGAGAAAAAUAAUAAAUUGUCAUGUAAAAUUCAAGAUUUAGGGACCAAUGUAAUAAAUGAAUUUAGUUCAUCUUCUAAUAUCAUGUUAAAAAAUGAAAAACUAGUGGGAAUUGAAAAUUCAUCAAAGAAAAUUGAUUUUAAAGUUGGAAAUAAUAAAUUUAUCAAUCCAGUUUCAUAUCCAUUUAAGACAACACUUCAGCCAAGAGUUCGAAUGCCUGGAUUUAGUCAGAAACCAAUUAAUACAUGGGAUUCUAUUGUGAAAAGGUGA